AUGGCCUCUCUUGGGAAGGCGAGGUUGUUGCGUGGCAACAGCCAUGAAGACGGACAGGAGCUGGAUCGUUUCAACCAGCAAGAGGCAGACCUCAGCAAGACUCCCGACGCACCGUCAGCAGCACUACCGCCACGCAAACUACACAGAUCGGCCACAUAUCGUAUGCAACAGAAACUCGGCUAUAGCUGGACCAUCGAACUGGCAAGCUUGUUUCUCAGUGCUGCCUCCUUCUGCACGCUCGUGGCCAUCCUAUCGCUGUACAAUGGCAAGCCGUUGUCCCAUUUCGGGAGCUCGACAACCAUCAACACCGUCAUCUCCGUCCUGAUCACACUCUCUGGGUUCAGCUUGGUCUUUUCCGUCUCUGAGGCACUCUGCCAACACCAAUGGAUGCAUAUGCGCAAUGCCAAAAGCCGUGGAAAACCACUGACAGACCUGCGUAAUAUCAACAGAGCCGCUUACAGCUCCGUAGGCGCAAUCAACGUGCUGGCUCAUAGCAGGCGCUAUAGCUUCGCUGUCCUGCUCGGCGCAAUUGCCAUGGUGGCUCACCUCCUCGUUAGACCUUUCGCACAACAGGCCGUGCAUUAUCCUGUACGCACGGGAUUUGACCAAAACGUCGUUAGUGCCGCGAUCAAUGUCUGGACAAACGCUCGCUUCCCCCCUGACUGCACUUGUUCGAAUGCAAACUGCUCUUGGGAUCCCUUCCCAAGUGUCGGCAUCUGCAUGAAAUGCGUGGAUGUAACAGCCGACAUCACACCCGAUUGCGGUUCCGACGGCAACAACGUGACUAUGUGUAAUGCAGUUUUCCCCGGUGGCGCUCGGGUCCCUGAUCAGGAUGGCGGCUACAAGUUCACCACAUACUAUCAAGAUGCUUGUGAGUAUAUCAGCUGGAACGGUAGCUCAGUUCCCGAGGAUGACCAGAUCGCUACACAACAACAAAGCAACUGCUCCUUCGAGCAGCAAUACGGCGAACGGCUGGGCGGCCUGGCUUUGCCGUUUGCCGGUCUGUCUAGCUUCCAAGGCGGCAAUCCGGUCGUGCUCGUCACCGCCCUCGAAUGCGCUUUCCACGUGUGCUUCAAGUAUCAUCGUGGUGUGUCUGUGGUCAACGGUACUUUUCAACCGGGCGAUGCGACGGAGAUACCCGACCAGAGUGCCGAGUUCCACGUUCCUGUUACAGCACCCCCGGCAGAUUCUCCCUUCCCGUAUAACGCCAGCAUAACCUUGACAGCACCAAGCCAAAACGUUCCCAGACCUGACUACCCACGCGGGUGGAACCCAAGCUACGACAUCGAAACUGGAACACUCGGCAGCGCUUCAGACGCUCUUUUCUAUAUAUUCCGCCCCAACGCCACAAGUCAGUACGCCAGACCUGCAUGGGAUGUCAGCCGCAAUGCCUGGUUUGACCAGGAAUGGACGACGCCUGGUUUCAAUGCCAACUACUCUACGCUUGUGCCCAAGAUGCUCGACUCAGUUGCGGAAACUACGACGUCUAUAAUCCGAAAUGAGGGCCCCAAGGAACCCUUCUUCAAUGCAUUUGAAGACCCGUACUCACCACUUCUUCUCGUGGGCCAGACUUGGGCACCUCAAGUCUUUAUCCAAGUCCGUUGGCUUUGGCUCAUAUUGCCAGCUGCUGUCGUCGUUUUGGGAGCAGUCUUCAUCUUCACAACGAUCUGGCAGACUGCACUAUCCGGCCUUCCGACCUGGAAGCCAUCGAUCCUUGCUCUGGUCUAUCAUGGUCUGGAUAAUGUUCGUAGCGUUGAGCUCGAAGGUCUGGAGCGCUUGGGUGACAUGGAAGAUCAUGCACGACGUUGCGAUGUCAGGCUCACUGGCUCCGAGCAUGGAAUGCGGCGGACUUUGACUAAGAUUCAGUAG